UUCCAUGCUUUUUAAUUUAUCCUAAAAAAACAAAUCUUUUUUUUCCCCGUGAAAUGAUUUAAGAUUUGACAUUUGUAGCUUUUCUCUGUAGAGUUUAAGAUUUGGCGGUGAGGACUGUCGUCAUGGCGUCGCCGGAGUGUGCCGGAGCGACGAUUACGAGCGUGGAAAUUGUUGAGAUUCAGGAUGCUACUGGCGUCAACCGGGGGCUGUGGAGGAGGCGGAGUUCGACGGCGGCGGAGAGUGGAGUGCAGGGUUCGGAGGAGGAUAAGGACGAGAUCAAGGGCGGCGGCGGCGGCGGUGGGAGAUUUCAAUCUCAGAGUGAGCAUAGUAAAUCCGGAGGAGAGCCUGUUGAUGCGAGUGCGAAAGGAGAGAGGAGUGAUCGCGGAGCUGCGAAUGGCGGCAGCGUGAAGUUUGAAUUUGCAUACCGGCCGUCCUCCCCCGCACACCGUCGAAUCAAGGAGAGUCCCCUCAGCUCUGACGCCAUAUUCAAACAGAGCCAUGCAGGUCUUUUCAAUCUUUGCAUAGUGGUGCUUGUAGCUGUAAACAGCAGGCUGAUCAUUGAGAAUUUAAUGAAGUAUGGGCUGUUAAUUAGUGCUGGCUUUUGGUUGAGUUCAAAAUCCUUAAUGGAUUGGCCGGUUCUAAUGUGCUGGUUUAGCCUCCCAGUUUUCCCUAUAGCUGCCUUUCUUGUUGAGAAUCUUGUCAAAAAGAAGCGCAUAACGGACCCAGUUGCAGUUACCCUACACAUAAUUAUAACAACAGCUGCCAUAUUAUAUCCAGUUCUUGUUAUUCUAGGGUGUGAUUCUGCGUUUCUAUCCGGUGUCACUUUGAUGCUUUUUGCUUGCAUCGUAUGGUUAAAGCUUGUUUCUUAUGCUCAUUCAAACUAUGAUAUGAGAGCACUUGAAAAAUCACUUGGUAAGGGGGAUACUUCAGGCACUGAUUAUGCUUAUGAGGUUAGCUUUAAAAGCUUAGCAUACUUUAUGGUUGCUCCAACAUUAUGUUAUCAGCUAAGUUAUCCACGGUCUGCUUGCAUUCGAAAGGGUUGGGUGGUGCGCCAACUGAUAAAGUUGAUAAUAUUUACAGGAUUCAUGGGUUUUAUCAUAGAGCAGUACAUCAACCCAAUUGUAAAAAACUCACAGCAUCCUUUGAAAGGAAACUUUUUAUAUGCUGUAGAAAGGGUCUUGAAGCUUUCUGUUCCAACCUUAUAUGUUUGGCUCUGCAUGUUCUACUGCUUCUUUCAUUUAUGGCUAAAUAUUAUUGCAGAACUUCUGCGGUUUGGUGAUCGUGAGUUUUACAAAGAUUGGUGGAAUGCAAAAACAAUAGAUGAGUACUGGAGAAUGUGGAAUAUGCCUGUUCAUAAGUGGAUGGUUCGACAUCUUUAUUUCCCAUGCCUAAGAAAUGGCAUACCUAAGGGGGCUGCCAUUUUGAUUUCAUUUCUCGCUUCUGCUAUUUUCCAUGAGCUUUGUAUUGCUGUUCCUUGCCAAAGUUUCAAGUUUUGGGCAUUUAUCGGAAUCAUGUUUCAGGUCCCUCUCGUCAUACUUACAAAUGCAUUGCAAAACAAGUUCAGGAGCUCAAUGGUGGGGAAUAUGAUAUUCUGGUGCUUCUUCAGCAUAUUCGGCCAACCUAUGUGCGUCCUCCUCUACUACCAUGCCCUCAUGAACAUGGAAGGCGGCGCAAGCUAAAGGUGAGCAUUCCCGCCAAAAUCCCGGCCCUGACUAAAAAACGCAGAGCCAUCUUGUAACUUGACUUCCCAAACUUGUAACCCAAGAAACCUUGGUCCAAAAAGAAUGGACAUGUGUAUACUUCAAAAGGAAAAAAAAGCUUUUACACACAUUGUAAUAUAUCUAUAUCCUUGAUAUGUGUUGAAUUAGUGUGUAAGAGAAGAAAGAAACGUUAAUUUCUGUUUAGUCAAAAGAGUCAAAGUUAGUCAAAAACGCUAAAAGCUAGCCGAAAAGUCAUUUUCCAAAGACAACCUAAUUGUAUAACGGUGAGCAAUAUGCAUUUUUUAGUACUUUUGAUUGAUGUAUUUUGUAAAUUGGCAAAUAUACUCAGGGUAAUGUU